AUGAAGGCCAUAACGCACGUAACCGCUCGAAAAUGGCCAUGCUCGCAGCUGCCGUGUCUUCCUCUUUCCAGCAAUAUUCUCUCUCGGAGCUGGAGACGAGCUUUCAAAGCCAAUUCUGAAGAAACAAGAGCGUUCGGCACGUCUGCUAUUAAAGCAAAGCUCAAAGUGACAGACUCCAAAGACGAGGUGACUGCGCGCACAUAUGACGCUGGGUAUGAUGUCGUCGUCGUCGGCUCCGGCUGCUCGGGCCUUACGACCGCAGUGGUUGCUGCCAAAAAGGGCCUCCGUGUUCUCGUUUUAGAGAAGACCAAUUUCUACGGGGGAACAACGGCAUUUUCAGGAGGCGGCGCUUGGAUUCCGUGCAACAAGCAUCAGCCCGGUAUCGGGGUGCAAGACUCACGUUCCCAAGCGGAGAGUUAUCUGGCCAAGAUCGUUGGUGAAGACGCUGUCUCUGGCGAAAAGAUGCAAGCUUUCCUUGACUCGGGCCCAAAGAUGGUAGAAUGGCUGGAAGAGCACACUGCCGUCAAGUUCAAAGGCGUUCCACUGCCCGACUAUCACCCCGGCCAGCCAGGUUCCAGCAUUGGUCGCACGAUUUUGACCCAUGCAUUCGACGGCAAAGACCUCGGAAGGCGCAUUCGAGAGAUUCGGUAUCCGAUGAAAGGUUUUAGUGCGUUGGGUACGAUGCAGGCAGAUCCGGCGGAUCUCGGAACUUUGACAGCGCCUUUCAAGAACGUGUCCAACUUCAUUUACUGCACGCGCAAGAUAUUGCGGUAUUUUCUUGACCUACUACGUUAUGGAAGGGGUGCCGAGAUGGCCAACGGUAACGCCUUGAUUGGACAGCUUUACACGACUUGCCUUUUGCAGGGUGUCGACUUUUGGCGCAACAGUGCGGCCAUUGCUCCAGUCCUUGGAGACGGCGUUGAGGGUCUGGUCGUGUCCCGCGGGUCCGGUAAGAGCGCCCGCGUCCGGGCACGCCGUGGUAUCAUGCUCGCCAGCGGAGGGCUUGGGAGGUCUCCCUCCAGCCAGAAAUACGUUCCUCAUGAGUGGACUGCGGUACCGCGAGGGAAUCAAGGGGACGGCAUCUCUAUUGCCAUGCAAGCGGGAGCGCACAUACCGCCACCGAAUAAGCAAAACGCCAUAUUUGCCCCAAUCUCGCUGCUCCAUCGCCCAGACGGCACGGUCUGGCGCUAUCCACAUUUUGCUCUCGAUCGAGCAAAACCAGGAAGUAUCAUUGUCGGCCCCGAUGGGAGGCGCUUUGCCAAUGAGAGCGAGCCAUAUCAGGAGUUCGUCAGCAAGAUGCACGAGCGAGGCAUCAAGCGUGCAUUCUUUAUCGCCGACCGGACUUUUCUACGCAAAUAUGGCAUGGGAAUGGCAUUGCCAUGGCCGCUUCCCAUAGGUGGCCUGCUUCGCCAGGGUUACUUGGUUCGCGGCUCGACUCUCACAGAGCUGGCUCGCAGAAUCGAAGUAGAUCCCACGUGCCUCGAGGAGACUGUGAGUCACUUCAACGAAUGUGCUCGUACCGGUCGGGAUGAUGAGUUCAAACGCGGCGAGAAUAUCUACGACCGCUUCUAUGGCGACGCAACGGUUCUGCCGAACCCUAGCCUCGCACCGUGUGUCACAGGCCCUUUUUAUGCGCUCCCUUUGGUUCCAGGAAACGUCAGCAUUAUGUGGGGUGUCACAACAAACAAGGACGCUCAGGUACUCGACAAUCAAAUGAAGCCAAUUCCUGGGCUGUACGCACUUGGGUGUGAUCAAAAUUCAGUCAUGAGAGGUCAGUAUCCUGGGGGAGGUUCGAGCAUUGGCCCAGCAAUGACAUUCGGCUUCCGGGCUGCUGAACAUGUGGCGAACGACCAACCUCUUUAG